CCCGUUUUGAUUGCAGACCAUGGCUAAGAAGAGGAGAACCCCUUUAAAACCGCGGAGGGUCACUGCCGUGAACCUCCAGCGAGGUGGUAUGCAGGGAAAGGGCUGCAACAGUCAGCUUCAACGCUGCAUUAUCUACUUGUAUAAUUUCUUUCGGACUGAAGCAAACAAAUUUUUGAGAACGGGAAAACUCACUGUGCCACUUACCAAAGUACCUGAGAGAGUUGCAAAAGCACUUGGACUGAGUGUCAGCACAGUCCGAAAGUACUUAAACAAACAUCGAAGAGGAUCUCCCCUGAAAACUCCUACCCAUGGAGAGAGAGCAAAGCCACUCCGAAAUGUAGACAAAUUCACUGAAGGAGCGAUAAGAAGGCUCAUUUAUGAGUUACACAGGUGUCGUCGCCAUUUCACUGUUAAGUCUCUGUUGCAAAUGAUUAGAGAAAGGGGGAUUGAUUUUCAUGGAGGCAAAGACACCCUAAUAAAACUUUUGAAGGAUAUGGGCUUUGCUUUCCGAAAGAGGGAUGGUCGAAGGUACUUGCUGGAGACCCCUCGAAUCACCUUGCUCCGAAUCAAAUAUUUGAAAUUGUUCAUGGAGCACAAGAAGCUAAAGCGCUACUUCGUCUACUUGGAUGAAACUUGGUUUUUUCAGUUUGGCAGCAACAAGUGUAAGAUCUGGCAGGACUCUGACAUAAAAUCAUGUCCCAUCCGUAAAACUGCAAGUGAUACAGGGAAGCGCUACAUUUUGAUUCAUGCUGGUGGGUGCGAGGGUUUUGUUGAAGGGGCAGCGUUGUGCUACUGCUCUGGUCAGAAGCCAGAGGAGCAUGAUGACUUCCAUGGUCAGGUGAAUGCCAAGAUAAUGAAAAAAUAUUAUGUGGAAUGUCUAUUGCCCAAUCUCCCUGAAACACCCUGUGUCAUUAUCCAAGAUAAUGCUUCUUAUCACAGAGCUCAGGAUGUCUCAUUCAGCAAAAUGUUGAAGCAGGAUCUUAUAAACUACCUGAAUAGUAAGGGGAUUUAUCCUAGUGGUGAUCCUAUUGUCCCUGUACUGAAGAAAAUGGCUGAGAGUGCAAGAGGUGAAAUGAGACCACCACUCUUCCAGCUCCUAGCAGGCACAAAGCACCACAUCUUACAGCUACCACCAUACCACCCACACUACAAUCCCAUUGAAUUGAUUUGGGGAAUUAUCAAGAGGUAUUAUGACAGCCAUGUGGGAAGAGACAAUAACUACAGCGAGGAAAUGUGCCUGCUCAUCCUGAACGAGGCUUUAGCCCUCAUUACACCUGAGGUGUGGGCCAAAACCGUCAGCAAGGUCGAGAAUAAUGUUUUUCAAGAUUAUUUCUCGCAUGUGCCUCAGGACAGCCAGACGAUCAAGCCUUUCAUCAUUCAUGUAGGAAAUGAUGACAGUGAUGACAGUGAUUUUGAGGAUGAUCCUGACAAUCCAGAGGAAAUAAACAUUGACUUGAUUGAUCAGAGUCAAGUUGUUGAUAACAUCAUCACCACCACCACUUCUGUUUCUGAUCCCUUUUAUUCUUCUGUUUCUGAUCACCCUCCGAACUUGACCCCGGUUUCUGAUCACCCUCCGAACUUGACACCUGUUAAUGAGCCUGUAGCUAAGCUUGACACAGCUUUAUCAUUCAGUCCGAGUGUAUAUUACAGCCCACCUUUGCAGGAUUUCAGCUUACAGUGGAGCUACAUUCCCCAUCGUAAGAUAACGAUUGAAGAAAUUGAGGGUGCUGUCCAUAGUAUUCUUGACCCACUGGAUGGGAAGGAAGAAAAUGAGACACUUGACAUUGUGUUAUCACAUAAAUAUUAUGAAAACUUCAUUGUCUGGGAAAGAUCUCCUAAGGAUGAACUGCCAAGGAAAUCACCAGCAGACUCCAUUUUUGAGAAAGGAUUUGUCACACCUGACCCACACCAUAUCCAAAUCUCUGUGCCAAGUACGAGACAGAUUUCUCCUUUUAUUGUUGCAGAUCUAGAUGAGCAAGAUAGUGUUUCUUUGAGGAAAAGUACUGGUUCACACUCCUUGCAGGGAUUCACUGUUCUAGAUCAUUCAGAAACUGUGACCAGCGUUACUUUGAACACACGUCCUGGUUCACACUCCUUGCAGGGAUUUACUGUCCUCGAUCAUUCAGAAACUGUGACCAUUGACUCUGAUGAAGGUGACACUCCACCUCAGUUAUUACCUUCUCUUGCAACUGUAACCACAUUAGAGGAAGCUUUUAACAUGCCAGAUGACCAAAUGCUUGUCAUGCGACGGUCUAUCAUUCUUAGAGUGAGAGAUCUGAUUCUUAUGAAACCAUUAAAAUGGUUAAAUGAUGAGAUCAUCAAUUUUUAUGGAGCACUUUUGAUGGACACUCAUCCUGAUGUGCACAUCAUGGACACGUUUUUUUUUAUAAAAUUAAUCACUGGCGACAGCGGUGUCCUCAAAUGGACUAAAAAUGUUGAUAUUUUUGAUUUUCGAUGUGUCCUCUUUCCGAUCCACUUGGGUGCUCAUUGGGCUCUGUGCUCAAUGUCAUUCAAGGAAAAGAAAUUGUGUUACUAUGACAGCUUGGACCAGAAAAAUCAAGAAUGCCUUGAGGAAAUAUUGGUGUUUAUCUCUCAAGAGUUGACGCGGAAGAGGCAGUGCCAUGUAAUUCGACAUGAAUGGUCAUUGGAGCAUUCUAAGGGUAUUCCUUCUCAGAACAAUGGUUCAGAUUGUGGUGUUUUUGUCCUGGCCUAUGAAAGGUGCAUCUGUGAAAACAAGCCAGUUUCAUUUGAUUCCCAAAAUUUUGAUGAGGUGAGACUCAACAUGGCUAGGGAAAUGUUAGCAGGCAAAUUAGACAAUAAUACAUUAUUGCCCUUUAGUCCUACUGAUAAGAUUUUGACAGCUGUGAAACGAAGGAGUAAAGGAUCAAGGAAUCUGCUUGCUAAGCAACUUCCCGGAUCCGAACAGAGUGGUAAAAAGAGUGAUGAAAAGCCUGUCAAAAAGGUGCGCUCUGCCCCUUCCAAGAAACUGCUUGCUGAAAAAAGUGUGGUCUCAAUCACUCCCCUUUGCAAGGACACAGUGAAGAAGAGUGUAGCUUCUUCAAGUAACUCCAAACAUAGCCACAAAGUAGCUGAGUAUUUUCCAAUUGGGAAACCUCCGGUUUCCUCUGCUUCCUCCUCACGUGUCACCUCUAACAUAGUUCCCAAAGCUUCCCUUGAACUGAAAGAGCUCGUUACAUCCAUGAGUGGUGUUUUUUUAGUGCAAUCGGCAGGAAUCUCACAGCGAACGGAAGAACUUUUUAAACACAGAGGCAAUGCUCAGUGUACAGCCAUUGCUGCUUGUGCCAUUUCUACCCUUUGCUUAAAAACACCACCAUACAGCAGAGAAGAUUUGAACACUAUUGUUAGGGAAGGAGACAGCUAUUAUGGACAUGUGAGGGAAAGUGUUGAUGCUGUGUUUCUGUCUCCCGAAGAUCUUAUUUCACCUCUCAAAGUUUGUGGACGUGAAAUUCAAUUUGAUUUGGAAAUGUGUGGGGGAGGACAGUUUAUUCCGACUGUAGACAAUGAUCUGUCUGCAGUUGUUGAAAAUGCAGUACAAGCAUACCAAAGUGACCUUGGAAGAUGUGGCUUUAUAUUUGUUGGGCACACCAAGUCUGUGUGCUUCAUUCACCUUAAAGAAAACCAAUUUUUUUACUUUAAUUCUCACUGUGUAGAUAGAAAUAACAGAAUAUGCCAUGUAACAAAAAAAGGUGCUGCUAGGCUUUUCAGAUGUUUGUCAAUUCGUGCCCUCUUGAGUUGCUUACUUGCUGAUCACCCUCGUGAUAAUGGCCACUGGCUAUUAUAUGCUAUUCUUCUACAUUUGUAAUGCGGUUUAUGUUCUGUUUUGACGCCUCCUAAUAGAAUAAUCCUAACUGUCAGUGCUGAUCCAAGACAAUCCUAACUGCUAAGAGGUUUCAGAGGAGGCUAAAACUGCUCAUUAGCUCUCUUCAGUCCAAAGCACCGAAUCAUGAUAUCACUGAAAUACAGCUUCCAUGUUAAUAUGCAAGGUUUAUACUUUUUAACAAGUCCAUUGCCAAGAAAUUUGAAGCAGCAUGUUAGCAUGUU